CAGCCCAAAGAGGAAAAGGCAUAUUCUGUGUGAAAUAAUAGGUUUUAUAUUACUCUGUGUUCAAGCCCAUCUCCCAGAAUUAAGGCCACCCCCUUGCAAGAUUAUGUCCCAUGAGUACUGUCCUGAGGCAAAGGGGUACAAGGCUCUGAUAUUCUUUGCUGCAAUAUAUCUGGUGGCCUUAGGAAGUGGUUGUCUAAAACCAAACAUAAUCUCUCAUGGGGCUGACCAAUUCAGGAGGGAUGAUUCCAAGCAAUCCAAGAAGUUAUCGUCUUACUUCAAUUGCGCCUACUUCGCCUUCUGCAUCGGAGAACUUAUUGCAUUGACUGUUCUUGUUUGGGUCCAAACACACUCUGGAAUGGAUGUUGGCUUUGGAGUGUCUGCAGCUGCCAUGGCAAUGGGAUUAAUUUGCUUGACUUUCGGUACACCUCUCUACAGGAACAAGCCCCCUCGCGGAAGUAUUUUCACUCCAAUUGCUCAGGUCUUUGUUGCUGCGUUUACAAAGAGAAAGCAAAUCUGUCCUUCCAAUACAGAAAUGCUUCAUGGAAACCAAAACAAUGUGCCAAACCACCUCUUCGUUCCAAUGUCGCCUAACAUCAGCCCUCUCCUCCAUACUGAAAAGUUCAG